AUGUCACCAACAUCACCAACAUCAGACACCAGUGCUGAAUAUGAUACAGAACAUGUUAGUGACUGGAACUGGGAUGGUGACUCCAGGAACUCCCAGAACUGUUUACAGCGCGAAAGUUCGAUUGCAUCAACGAUCUUCAGCGCAGCAGUCUCUCACAUACUUCAAGACUUUAACCUUUCCAGCGCCUCCCUCUCAUCUUUUCUGAUCUCCGUUCAUGUCACUGGCUUCACAAUCGGACCCUUGCUAUGUCCGGUGAGCGAGGUAUACGGACGAAGCCCCCUGAUGCACGUCCCCAACGUCUUGUUUGUCCUGUCCUCGGUUAUAUGCGCCCUCAGUCCUAAUGUCGGGGUGCUCAUCGCCGGGCGCAUCCUCACGGGUAUGGCGGGAUGUGUGCCGGCUGUUUUAGGUGGUAGAUAUAUCACGGACCUGAUGCCUGUUGAACAGCGAGGCAUGGCGCUGAGUAUCUGGGGAUGGCCGAUUGCGGGCGACUAUUUCGCCGAGAAGGCAGGCUGGAGAUUGACCUUUUGCCUCGAGGCGAUCGUGGAUGGCUAUGGCUUCAGCGAAGGCCAAGUAGGCCUCGCAUACAUCGGUCCCUGGAUUGGGUUCCUCUUCGGCCAGUGCAUCUUCGGCCUGUUCAUCGACCGACACUUCAAGAAACAGGCCCUUGUCCAUGGAUCCAACAUUCCAGAAACUCGAUUGAACAUUCUUUCCCCCGGUAACAUCCUCAUCGCUGCCGGUCUGUUCUGGUACGGCUGGUCGGCCGAAGGGCACACGCAUUGGGUCCUCCCGCUAGCUGGAACCGCCGUAGUUAACAUGGGGAUCUUUUUUGUGUGUAUUGCGAUACAGAGUUAUUUGACGGGUUCUUUUGAGGAGUUCGCGGCGAGCACUCUCGCGGCAACUACUAUUGUUCGGUCUAUACUUGGGGCGGUCUUGCCGCUUUCUGCACCGGCGCUGUACGAGCGGUUAGGACAGGGAAGGGGGAAUAGUCUGUUGGGGUUUACAGUGCUUGUUUUUGUACCCGCUACGGUCGUGUUCAUGAGGUUUGGCGAGAGGAUGAGAUUGGAUGCAAGAUUUCAUAUUCAAUCAUAA